AUAAGAGGGUAUUUCUUCCUAACCAAUACUUUGCAUUUCAAUCUUCACUCUUUCUCUCUCAAACAGAACAAAGUAUGGAGGAGCUGGAUUCAGUUUUCAUUUACCAAGAGAGGGAACAUGAACUAAGACAAAAACUCAUAGACACAACACUUGAACUUGAAGCAAUGAAAAACAUGAAGACAGAACUGUUCAAUCUACUUAAAACAGCGUACCUAGAAAGAGAUGAAGCUAAAAAUCAGCUGCAAAAACUAAUGAACAACCCAAGUCCAAUCCAUUUCCAAGACAAGUUCAUUUCUGGAUUCCAACAAGAAAAUCCUCUAAUGUUUCACUCUUCAAACCCUAGCAUUACAGAAUCUAGCAGUCUCUCACACGGUUCUCCACCGGUCGAUUCAUUCUUUGAAACUGUUUCUUCACCUGAGUUUUCAAACACCAACAUGGCCUAUCUCAAUCAUCAUCAAAAUCAACACUUCAAUUAUUUGAGGGUGCCCAGUGAAAAGCCAGUUUCUGAUCAUGGAACUGUUGCUAUAGAUUCUAUUGCUAAAGAAAAAGUUUUGCCUCAAAAGGGUAAACUUUUACAAGCUGUGAUUGAUGCUGGUCCUUUGCUUCAAACUAUUCUACUUGCUGGACCACUUCCUACUUGGAGCAAUCCACCUCCUUUGAAUGAUAUUCAAGUUCCACCCUUGAACAUCAAAGUGUAUGAUAAUGAUGCUGCUAUAAUAAUCGACCCGGUUUCUUUUCCAGCUAUGCCGAAGUUUUCUUCAAAUGUUACCUCAACUUGUUCAGCUUCUUCAAUGCUUAACUUUGCUGGUAAUCAUGUGCCUCAUGGUUCAUGGAACAAUUCAUGGAAGUAUAGUUCUGAUUCUAGUUCUAGUUCUAAGCGGCAAAGAUAUCAAUGAUUAUGAUGAUUUUUUCUCCUUUUAUAAAUGGAGUUACUGCAAUUGGUGUAAAUGGAAUGGAUUGGCAUACACUCCUUUUGGUUAUUAUGGUUGAAAAUGUUGAGAUAUAUCUUUGAUCUUGCAA